AACUGUCUCGAAGUGUCCUGACGUCACAGCUGAACUGCGAUUUCAACGUAAAUAUACGGGAUCUGUCCAACCUGCCGUAAGAGUCUGAGUCGUGACGUAUUAGUUUUAAUUUCGGCAACAAAACUUAAAACUUUAAAUAAUGUUUUAAAUAAGAGGUCGCACUUUGUGUGUCGUAAGGCUGAACGCGAGGGGGAGAAAUGUGGACCUGUCUCCGUCCUGUUGUUGUCAUUCAUCUGGGGACAGUCCCGGAACAUCAGGGUAUCAGGUUCCACUUUAAAAUAUCCACAGACCUCACGUGGUCAAGGACGUUUCACGGAGCAACAGACGAUCAAACGUUAAAUGAGACGUUUUCUAAAUGAACUUCUGUUCAUUGAGUUUGGACUCAGCUGCUGGAGGCGAGAAGGAUAUGGGGGAUUUCAACAAGGUGAAAAAAGAAGGAAACUGAGGAGCUGCACACAUGGAUUUAUUCAAACUACAGAAAGUGGAGGAUUUCUAUGAAAUCGGUGAAGAGUUGGGAAGUGGCCAGUUCGCCAUCGUGAAGCGAUGCACAGAGAAAAACACGGGACGGGAAUUCGCCGCCAAGUUCAUCAAGAAGCGCCCGAGCACGGCGAGCUCCCGGGGGGUGCGGCGGGAGGAGAUCGAGCGGGAGGUGAACAUCCUGCAGCAGAUCCAACAUCCCAACAUCGUCACGCUGCACGACGUCUACGAGAACCGCUCGGACGUGGUGCUGAUCCUGGAGCUGGUCUCUGGAGGGGAGCUGUUUGACUUCCUGGCACAGAAAGAGUCUCUGAGUGAAGAGGAGGCCACUCAGUUCAUCAAGCAGAUCCUGGAGGGCGUCAACUACCUUCACGCCAGGAACAUCGCCCACUUCGACCUGAAGCCUGAAAACAUCAUGCUCCUGGACAAGAACGUCCCGCUGCCCAGAAUCAAACUCAUCGACUUCGGCCUCGCUCACAAGAUCGAAGCUGGAGUCGAGUUCAAAAACAUCUUUGGGACUCCGGAGUUCGUGGCUCCAGAGAUCGUCAACUACGAGCCGCUGGGGUUAGAGGCCGACAUGUGGAGCAUCGGAGUCAUCACCUACAUCCUACUCAGUGGAGCGUCACCCUUUCUGGGAGAAACCAAACGAGACACACUGAGGAACAUUUCAGCCAUAAACUACGAGUUUGAUGAAGAGUUCUUCUGCCACACCAGUGAACUGGCCAAGAAGUUCAUCAGCCAGCUGCUGGAGAGAGAUAAGAAGAAGAGAUUAACAAUCCAAGAUGCUCUCAAUCACCCGUGGAUCAAGUCCAAUGAGCACAAGGAGGAGAAUAAAGCCCGAGAGCCGAAGAAGCGUGAGCGGCGGCAGCUGAAGACCAAGCGCCUGAGGGAGUACACCAUCAAGUCCCACUCCAGCAUGCCGCCCAACAACACCUAUGUGAACUUUGAGCGCUUCGCCCAGGUGGUGGAGGACGUGGACCAGAUGGAGAGCUCCUUCCUCAGUCUGGCAGCAGCACAUGACUCUCUGCAGGAGAACAUCGACGCCAUGGUGUCUGUGUACAACGAGAAGGAGGCCUGGUACAAGGAGGAGAGUGAAGGCGUGCGCCAUGAGCUCUCACAGAUCCGCUACGAGUUCCGUAAGGUGGAGGCCCUGAAGAGGAGCCUGCAGGAGGACAUGCACACGUUCAGCUCCAGCCUCGGCACCAUCAGCAGCCGCUACCAGGAGAGGCAGGGCCACUUCGACACACUGCGCCUGGAGCUGAGCAAUGAGCUGAAAUGGGUGCAGGAGGUGAUGGGUUUGUCUCCCCUCGAUGGAGGAGGCUACCCCAACUGCAGCUUCUCCACCGUCUUCAAUAACGACGUGAACGAGGCCUUGAAGGAGCUGCUGAGCCGCUCGUGUGGAGGAGAGCUGCUGUCGGGGAUUAACUUGGACUUCACUGAACCUGGACAGCAACGAUAACACCGAGGCAUUUCAAACCUUUCCCCCUGAAGAGUGACGCCAGGCUGCAGCAGGAAGGACCGGGUCAGCUGCUGAAGGAUCAUACAGCUACUAAGUGCUGUCCUGUGUCCAUGAACUCAAACCUACAUCCUCACGUACGAUGCUCUGCUCAACAAUCCCAUCUAAGUAUAAAUGUACUGAUAUUUUUGCUGUGUACCAGAGAUAAACAAUGAAAACAGA